CACAACAGCCCCAUCCUCGCCAAACCAGCAUCCCCGCCGCGGGAAUACCGCAUCGCCGCCAGAAGGCAGUCACCGUCACCCUAGUAGCAGCGAACCAUCCAGCCACCACCGCCGCAACCUUCGCCGACCUUCAACCGCAACGCCAUCUCCGCCACUCCACGCCCGAAUCGCAGCACCCUAAAGAGGAGUAGAGCCCCCCUUAAUAUUGGUCCUUCGGCGCCAACAGAGAGCCGCACCGGUGGAAUACCAUAACCCCAAAACCAAGUAUCCCCAGCAAAACCAUGGAGAACGGCAACUCUAAUAGCGUCCCGAAACCUGCGCCACGAAGCAACAAUGGGGGCCCGACCCUUACACCGCGCAGUAGCAGCGGCAUUCCUACACCAAAACCGCGAGCUAGCAGCGGUGGUCCAACCCCGGCACCCCGUAUUGUGCAAAAACCGCAGCAAGAGGCCAUGGUUGUUGAUUCGGUUCCUGACACUCAGCCCGACGACGAAGGAGCGGACUAUCAGCGAUGCCGUUUGUGCGCACGUCACCAUGCCCUGCGCGUAUGCCACGUAUUUCGCGCAAUGCAGCCAGCGCAACGCUAUCUGAUCGCUCGUGCACACCACUUCUAUGAUCUGACGGUGGUAGCUGUGAAGGAUGGCAAGGAUGACACAAUACUCCUUGCAUCUUGUUACAUGCCUCACGACGAGGAGGCGCCACCAAACGAGCUCCGGAGGUUGGUGGGAGAGGCCGAGAAGGCGAAACGCCCACUCAUCAUAGGCGCGGAUGCCAAUGCGCACAACACAGUAUGGGGGAGUGGAGAUACCAACGAAAGGG